AUGGAGUAUUAUUAUAAUGCAAAUUCAUCCUUUAGUCAACUUAGCGUCGGCGAAAACAGGCUGGGCUGGUUACUUACUUUCAAUCAGACCAUUACUUCCAAAGAAAUGACAUUAAAAAAUACAAAUAUUAAAACAGGUGGCAAGUCUGCCAUUGAUAUAUAUUUUUGUGAAGAAACUGGUGAUGUUUUUAAAAUCACUAUGGUCUAUUAUCCAUAUUUUCUAAUAAGAUGUAAACCUGGCUCAGAAGAAGAGAUUUCUAAUUAUUUGAAAUCAAGAUAUAUGGCAAAUAUUCAAGAUAUUGAUAUAAUAAAAAAAUUAGAUUUAAAAAAACCAAAUCAUAUAAUUGAUGGUUCUGUAAAACUAUUAAAGGUUACCUUCUGGAAUGUACCUGGCUUAGUCAGUGUUCGUAAUGUACUUUUAAAGGCUUUGGAACAUAAUGAAACACAAAAGGAGUCAUUUAAUAUUUUUAAAGACACUAAAAUUGCUGAUAACAACUACAAAGGCAAAGCUAUUCAAUUGACAGAAGAAAUUGUUGAACUUUUUGAAUACGACAUUCCAUAUGUUCAACGUGUUGCAAUUGAUAAAGGAUUUCGUGCAGGUCAAUGGUACACAGUAAAAUCAUUCCUUGACAAUAAUGAUGAGGGUUUAAUAAUUAAUUUGGAGCAUCGAGCAGACAUUAGCAAUGACGUUGAUCUAAAAAUAUUCUCAUUUGAUAUUGAGACAUCUAAACCUCCGUUAAAAUUUCCAAAUCCAGAAAUUGAUGAAAUUAUGAUGAUAUCAUACAUGGUUGAUGGUGAAGGCUUUUUAAUCACAAAUCGAUGUAUUGUUUCACAAGAUAUUGGUUAUUUAUCAUAUUCACCGUUGAAACAAGAAGAUUAUGAAUUUACUGUUUUUAAUGAGAAAGACGAGGAAUCAUUAUUAAGAAAGUUUUUCUCACAUAUUCAAAAUGAAAAACCUUCUGUGCUUGUUACAUAUAAUGGUGAUAACUUUGACAUGCCUUAUGUCAAAUUACGUGCAUCAAAAUAUGGAAUUGACAUGUUUACAGAAAUCGGAUUUUCUGAGAAUAAAUCUGCUGAAUAUACAUCUGACUAUUGUAUUCAUAUGGAUUGCUUUUACUGGGUAAAAAGAGAUAGUUAUCUUCCUGUUGGAAGUCAAGGCCUUAAGCGAGUGACCGAAUCUAAAUUAGAUCCAUUAAAAUUGGCUCGUUAUUCCAUUUCUGACGUGGUGGCUACGUAUAUUCUUUUCAACAAAUAUGUUAGACCAUUCAUCUUUUCUUUAGGAAAUAUUAUCCCUAUGAAUCCAGACGAUGUCUUACGCAAAGGAACAGGAACUCUAUGUGAAGCUUUGUUAAUGGUAAAUGCAUAUAAUACAGGUCUUCUUAUCCCAAAUAAACAUGAGGAGGAAUCUUUAGCAUUUUAUAAAGAUAGUAAAAACCAAGAAAGACUUGUUCAUGAUGAUACUUAUAUUGGUGGUCAUGUUGAAUCAUUGGAAGCCGGUGUAUUCAGAUCAGAUCUACCUGUUAAAUUUGAAAGCCUUGAUCCUCAAGAAUUUCAAAAGUUGAUUAAAAAUACUGAUAAAAUACUAGAGUUUGCAAUCUGGGAACAUUAUAUGGAUAGCGAGGCAAACUUUUCAAAUACAAGUCUUGAAAACUAUGACAUGGUCAAGUCAGAGAUUUUAGAAAUGCUAAAAAUCUUCCAAGAUUGUCCAAAACCUUAUGAAGGAUUACCUCUUAUUUAUCAUAUGGAUGUUGCUUCUAUGUAUCCGAAUAUAAUUCUCACAAAUAGACUUCAGCCCAAUUCCAUGAUCGAUGAAGAUGUUUGCAAAGGUUGUGCUUUUAAUCACCCCAAUAAACAAUGUGAUCGAAGAAUGACUUGGUCCUACCGAGUUGAAAUUUUUCCUACGUCAAAUAGUGACUAUUUAACAAUUAGAAAUCAGCUUACUAAAUCUACCUUCAAAAAAAACAAUUCUGAAAAUUUAAACCAAGUUUUCUUGAGUUUACCUAAAUCACAACAGUCAAAAAUCAUUAAAAAGCAAGUUGUUUGUCAACUUGAAUGCCCUUUUUAUGUGGAUACUGUACGUGAAUUUCGUGAUAGACGUUAUAAUUAUAAGAAGCAAGCUAAAUACUGGAAAAAACAAUUUGAUCAAGCAUACAGAGAGAAAGAUUUUAUUAAAGCCUCUGAUGCUAUAAGAAUGAUUAAUUUUAACGAUUCCUUACAAUUGGCUCAUAAAUGCAUUCUAAAUUCAUUUUAUGGCUAUGUGAUGCGUAAAGGGUCACGUUGGUAUUCAAUGGAUAUGGCAGGCGUUGUAUGCAAAACAGGUUCAGAAAUCAUCCAGACAGCUAGAAAAUUAAUUGAAAAGAUUGGCCGACCUUUAGAAUUGGAUACAGAUGGUAUAUGGUGUAUGCUUCCAACACCAUUCCCUGAAAACUUUACUUUCAAAUUAUCAGAUGGAAGUGAUUUUUCCUUUUCAUAUCCUUGUACGCUUCUUAACUAUCUUGUACACGAAAAAUUUACCAACAAGCAAUACCAUAAGAUGUCUACUGUCAACAAAUUUGAAAUAUACAAUGAAAAUAGUAUUUUCUUUGAAGUGGAUGGUCCAUACAGAGCAAUGAUAUUACCAGCAUCCAAAGAAGAAGAUAAACUUUUAAAAAAAAGAUACGCUGUCUUUAAUAGAAACGGAAAACUGCAAGAAUUGAAAGGAUUUGAACUAAAAAGGCGUGGUGAAAUUAAUAUCUUGAAAACUUAUCAAGAAAGUAUUUUUUCUGUAUUUCUAAAAGGAAAAUCGUUAGAAGAAUGCUACGAGUAUGUAGGAAGAGUUUCUGAAGAGUUUUUGAGUAUUAUUACACUUAAGGGUAGGACGCUUUCAGAUGCGGAUUUAAUUGAAUGUAUUAGUGAAAAACGUGGAAUGUCACAAUCUUUACAGGAUUAUGGUACUCAAAAAUCAACAUCAAUCACUACAGCAAAGCGUAUGGCCGAAUUUCUGGGUAAUGAGGUUAUUAAAGAUAAAAAUCUUACUUGUCAUUUUAUCAUAUCUUCUAAGCCAAAAAAUGCACCUAUAAAUGAACGUGCAAUCCCAGUGUCCAUUUUUUCUGCUGAAGAAGAGGUUAAAAGAUACUAUUUAAAAAAAUGGCUUAACGAUCCUGCAAUGCAAACAUUUGAUGUUAGGGAAAUAUUGGAUUGGCCUUAUUAUUUGGAGCGUUUUGGAUCAGCAGUACAAAAGCUUGUUACUAUCCCUGCAUCAAUGCAAGGGGUUAAAAAUCCUGUACCAUCACUUGAACACCCAGAGUGGUUACAAAAAAGAUUGGGCACAAAGGACAAUAAAAAACAAUUACAAAUUGAUCGUAUUUUUUCAAAUUUAAACAGCGAUAAUAUUAGUGACGUACCUGGAAGUAAUGGUACUAAACCUAAAAAUGACGGUUCUAGUAUUGAUGAUAUGGAAGAUUUGUUUAGUGCUUCAAAUGCUCAAAAUGCUCAAAAUACUCAUAUUAAGCGAAAGUUGGAUGAUGUUGAUGAUUCUAAUGACCAGUUGAAGAAACAUUGUCAUAUUAUCAAUGGUUCUACCACUAGUAAUAGUUCGGCUAAGACUAAACCAAGCAAGAAAAGUCAAAAAAAGUCAAUAAACAAAAAUCCAAACACAUUAAAGACUUUAUUUAAAAUACAUAAGGAUCAUUUUGAUAUAAUUCAUGUGAGUGAGACUGACUAUGGCAGUUUUAAAUUAUGGGUACUGAUAGCAAACAAUAUGUUUGAUAUUCAUUUGACUGUUCCACGAGUCUUCUAUAUCAAUUCAUACCAAGGGCUUCCUAAUGGGUUUUAUGACUUUAUUGUUAGAAAUGGUGGUGAGUUGAGGAAAACAAAUUGUACAAUACCAAAAUUAUCAACUGAGCGUAACAAUAUGUGGAAGGUCAAAAUACCCGAAGAGAAUUAUCAAAAGAUUCGAAGGAAAAUAGAUGAUCUUCUUGCCAGUCCUUAUGUUGAGGGAGUUUAUGAAACACAAAUAACAUUAUUGGACCGAGCUUUAUUCUAUGUAGGUUGUACGCUUGAGAAAAAAAGGGCAAAUAAGGACAAUACAUACAAGGAUGCUAUUUCAAAAGGAAUGACGUUGGAUGAUAUUAUAUCUUUACCUGAUAAUAAGCAUGCCAACAACUACCUUAAAGAGGCAAACAAACUUACAUAUAUGUAUAUUAGUCACAUAAUGUUUGGGGAUAAUCAAUUAUUUGGUAUAUUUAUAAAUAAUAAGGCAUCUAUGGUUUUGAUUGGGAAAGGAUCGAAUAACAUUACAACGGAUUCUCUUGAUCGAAUUUACAGAGAUGUUUUAAACAUAUUUAAAGGUAAUAACCCAGAUUUUCGGACUGAUGAUUUUGUGAAAUAUUAUGAAAAAAUGGAGUUUGAAGUUUUCCAUCAAAUUAAAGAAAGUGUUGGGAUAGAUAUUUUGAUAAAACAAAUCAAUCAAUAUGUAAAAAUGCCAUCAGGGCCUACUGUUUUUAUUAUUAGGUCGCCGUAUACACCCAGAAGAUUGAUUGAUAAAGGACUUAGAGUAUUAAAAAAUCAUCCUUUGAUGCAUAUUAGUCGUGAUAGAAGUGAUGACGAGUUUCCAUCAGUUGGUUGGCGACAAGCAGCAGCUCGACAAAUGUUUUUUGAUUAUUUGAAAGUGAAUUCAACAAUUAAAGAACGAAUUGAAAAGGCACGAUUUGCAAAAGUGCCAUUUUGUAAUGUCAAGGAAAACUCUUGGUUUAGCAUGGAUGUUCUUGCAGUGAGACGUUUAUUAAAUGACAAUAUGGUAUUAUGGUGUUCAUCAGGAUGGAAGCCUGAUUUAGGAGGACAUAAUGAUGAACAUUUUGAAUUUCAAAAAAAUGAACAUUACCAAAAUGUUCGUGGAAUAUUUAGAGAAAUUUGUUAUGGUGUAGAGAUUAAUCAUCUCAUGGUUUCAGCAUUACUUCGAUUAAAAUCAAGUGAACAUCCAAAAUACGCACUUUCGUAUAGCUCGUUAAUUAAUGAAUUGUAUAAUGAAUGUAGCAGAAAUGAUGAUAUAAAUUCAGAAAAAUUUCUAACAUUAUUUGAGAAAUGGAUAAAUGACAGUGGAUCGAUUUUGUAUGAUUCAGAAAUAAGGUUUUUUAUGAAUAUUCUUUCAAGAGAUAUGAUAAAUGGAUUUGUCAAGGAAAUUAUAAAAUAUGGAAUAGAAAUAAUUCAUUGUGAUUUUAAAAGAUUAGUAUUUUCAACUAAAACCAAUAAUGCAGAUGAAGCAGCAAGAUGUCUUCAGCAUGUAUUAGCUUUGUUGAAAAAGGAUGAGUUUAAAUAUUUAGUGAUCAGAGCAAGUGAAACAUAUUCAGCGCUGAUAUGGUUAAAUGGAGAUAACUACGUUGGAAUUAAAGGGGCUAAUGAAGAUAAUGAAGCAGACCAUGAUCUGAAUUAUGUUAUAAGAUUGCAAAUGGUAGAGAAAGUAAAUUAUAUUGAGGACAUAACAAAAGAACAUAUUAAAGAAUUUUUGAGAGAUUUUAUAUUUUGGUGUCGUGAUGAUAAAAUAAGUCCAGGUGAAUUAAUGACAAAUACUGGCAACAAAGUGAAUAGUUUUAUUGGAAUACUGAAGAAGAAAAGUGCAACAUUGUAUAUUAGUAUAGUAUGUACACUUUUGGAAAUGGUGGUAGGAAAAGAAAGAUCCCAACAACUAAAAAGUUUAUUAUGUAUUAUGCAAGGAAUGAGCGUUUAUAGCGAUGAUGUAAAAAAUCUUUCUAGUAAAGAAAGUCACGAUGUUAUUGGAUAUGCAUGUGAAUGUGGACAAGUGGAUAAUUAUCAUAUUAAUAAUUUUGAAUGUUCAUUUUGUAAUGAAGAUAUAACCAAGAACAAAGAUUUUGAACUAUUUUUAAUUUAUUAUUUGAACAUACAACUUGAUGAAUCAUCAAUGACGAAAGGGGAAGAAAUCAUUGAAAAGUUGCAAAAAUUUAAAAAGUUUGCAGAAGAAAAAAAUUAUAAUACUUUGAAAAAUUAUUUAAAUAAUAUAAAUAGUUUUCUUUAG